AUGGCGCCUUCCAAAGACCCGGUCUUCCUCCGGCGCAACAAUCAGAUCCAAGAUGCCAUUGACGGGCAGAAUUUGAAACAAGCCCUGCAGUUAAUCGAGAAGCGCAUAAAGAAAGGUGAAGAGACCCGUUUCCUAAAGGCAUGGAAGGCACACGUUCUUUUCCGAAUGGCGGACGAGGCUCACCAGCAGCGUGGCAUUGCAGAGACUAUCGAGCUCUGCAAGGCUGAACCACCUACCACCGAUAUUGACACCCUCGAAAUCUUGAACCAGACUCUACAGAAGAUGGGAGGACACCUCGACACCCAGAGUAUGCUAUGGGAGAAAGCAGCGAAGGCGAAGCCCAAUGCCUUGGAUCUACAGCUCAUGUGGUUCACAUAUUCAUUUGAGGAAGAUGAUUGGAAGUCCGCACAAAAGGCUUCUAUGAGUCUUCAAAAGAACUUUCCUCGGGAACGGAAGUAUUAUUUCUGGGCCAUAUUUUGCACCCAUAUGCUCGCAGAAGACAAUAAGAGCUCAGAAAUGGAGCGGAAGUUGUUCGGGACAUUGGCGUAUCGCAUGAUUUCCAAAGCGGCUGCCGAUGUCCCCACUGACCCAGCCCAAUUACUGAGUCAGCCUCGAGCUAUUCAAAAGUCGGAGGAAAUGGUGUUACUUGUCAGAAUUCUCGAAUCUCAACAACGCUUUGAUGAGAUUGUGAAGAUUCUGGACAGCGAAAAUGUGGGUAUUAAAUCGCGCAUCUGUCAGAAUGACAGGACUUUCCUCGGUUCCAAAGCCACCAGCCUAGGUUCGGCAAAAUUAUGGGACGACGCGAUCACUUUCGUCAAGGAACUCUACACUGUUUCCGAUGAGGAAAAGCGGAGCAGCCUUCAAGAACUGGAUGAUUGGAUAAUCUGGAACUUGCUGAUCGAGGCUGAGAAGAACACUCAUACUCCUGGAACGUCCGCUGAAAUUUUGAAAAUUGUCGAGAAUUUCACGGCAUAUCAACCAAAAUCUCGAAAUGCAGCCCUGGCUCGCCUUGACAUAAUCGCGUCUGGCAUCGCGAAAGGUGAAAUGACCGUGGAAGAACAUUAUCUUCCUGCUUGUCAGAAGUACAUUGAUCUGCACAAGGGCAAGCUUUAUGCAUUUAGUGACCUUAAACGGGUCUUGGCUGGCAACAAAGAUGCCAUGGCCAAGAUGCUUAAAUAUAUGUCCGAGAGUAAGACGGAUGACAAAUAUGUCAUCAAUGCUAAGAUCAACGCUCUGAAGCUCGAAUACUGCCUGAACAUUUCGGGCGCUGAGACCAGUCCUUCCCGGGAAGUGAUUGAGGAAUUCGUUACCCGCUGCCUGAAUUUAUACCAAACUUCUGCCAGUGGAAGUGAGGUGGAAAAAGUAGAAGCAGCCUCCAAUGGGUCAUCUUCCACCAUUGAAAGCAAGUCUACCGAUGACUUGUGCAUUCUGGCCGCCAUGGCCAUCAUGAGUGAGACAAAUGAGCAAUCGCUGGUUUCGCACACUUCUCUGCUUCGUGCUAGCGCAAUCCUUGAACGUCUUCUACGUGAUUCACCCCACUGCUACCAGGCUCUUCUUCUUCUAGUGCGCAUGUACCUUCUCUUCGGAGCGGGCUCUCUUGCUUUCAGCACGUUCAACAAGAUGUCUGUGAAACAGGUGCAAUAUGAAAGUGUGGCUCACAAUUUCUUCACACGACUUUCUACGAUUCAUCCCCACUCAGCGCCCCCGACUGAAGGUGUCGAGCGAAAGAACUUUGAUCCCCAAGCCGCAUUUGUUCAGGGUCUCAACUUCUUCCGCAAUGCUGACAACACUACCAUGGAUUUCCGAAGCCGCGGUCUGGAUCAAGGAAGUUAUAGAAAUGUGGAAGAGAUUAUUGAGCUCCGUCGACGAUUGUCUCAAAGUAUCUGUCGCCGGAUGAUGGCUCUAGAUGUGCGACAGGCACAGCGAUUAGUGGGUGGAGAUCCAAUGACUCGAUUUGAGACGCUUGCCCAAAAUGAUACCCCCAUUCAUGAUCAGCGUGCUUAUGACGCAUUUAUGGACUGUGAAUUCCCUGGCAAGCGUAGCUUCGAGGAGACAGUGCGCCCAGGACCUAUUCCAAAGGCCAACUGGCUCGCCUCAGCUAGAGUUACAGAUCGACUCUUCAGUGUAUUGAAGGGUAUCUCAAUUCAGACGCCAUUGACCCCAGAAACAGAUCUACCCGACCUCAGUGGCCUGUUUAUCUCGGAUAUCAAUGACCAGACUGAUGCCGAGAAAGAGAAAUCAAGAAUCCAUGCUCAGUUGCUCAAGGUGGCGACUUUCAUGGCUGGAUCCAAGCUCACAACCCCCGAGCAAGCUGAGAAAGCACUUGGAGAAGUAGAAGAAUGGUUGAACUCGAAAAAGAUCAAUCUCACUCUGAACGAGUCCCAAGUCUCUCCUCUCAUGAUUUCAAAAUCUGUUUACCUUCAGGCUGAUAGCCCCACAGCCGCAACUUGGGAAUAUCUUCACAGCAUCUUCACCCUUCUUGAGACUCUCAAGGCCCUGUCACAAUUGGCCACUCUAGCUUCUCGCAAGGGCUCAAAGUCUGCCAAGCUGCCAAAGGAACGUGUGGAGCGGCUGUCCGAACUUGUGCCAGAGGUCUUCGAGCUCGUUCGGUCUAAUACCAAGAGCUUGAAGCAGCACAUAUCUAGAUCGGGUGUUUUGAGUACCAUGGUUGACGUUGUGAUCCAGGGACCAUCUUCCUCCCCACAGAGCAAGGAACUCCAAGCAGCAUUGGAGACAACUUUAGGCAUGUCUGAUUUGGAGUUAUUCUGUGGUUCUUUGAUGGAGAGUUGGGAGGAGGCACUGGAUGCCCUAGCCCUAGCCCUUCGCCUACACACAGAGUCCCGUGCCAAGACCCGCAAUUGUGCGGUUCCAAGGACACUAGGGGAUUUCCACAAGACUUUCUUCAUUCCCUCCUUCGACAACCACCGCCAACCCCUUCAGUCACCAACCGUCGAGAUGGCGCAGGAACGUACCGGUAUCAUCGUCGGCACCAACAGCGGCCGGAAAACCACCGCCCUGAACACCCCCAAGACCAAGAUCAGCCGUACUAAGGGCCAGUCUUCCCGCCGCACCCAGUUCGUGCGCGAGAUCGCUCGUGAGGUCGUCGGUCUUGCCCCCUAUGAGCGCCGUGUCAUUGAGUUGUUGAGAAACGCUCAGGACAAGCGUGCCCGUAAGCUCGCUAAGAAGCGCCUCGGCACAUUCACCCGCGGUAAGAGAAAGGUUGAGGACAUGCAGAAGGUCAUCGCCGAGUCUCGCCGUGUCCAGGGUCACUAA